AAACCGACCAUAGAGAAUCCGACCUUGACACCUGUCAAAAUCGAAACCUUCCCAUUACGACCGUCACAAUGCAAAACGGACAAAUUCCGGACAAGGACAAGAAGAGGAUAAUCUUGAGCAUUACGAGAUUCCUGAGGGACGAAAAGUCGAACGCCGAUCUAGAGACCAACGACAGAGACUCCUUGGACGUGGCCAUCCAGUGCCUGGAGGACAUCUACAAGAUAGACAACGAUGCCAGGGAGAUCCUCGAGGACGAAACGCUCGAUUUGCGGGAAUUCUUCCCGUCGGAAGACGUAACCGUAUCGGAAGAGGACGAACGGAAGGCGGAAGAAUUCAAAAAUCGUGGAAACGCCUUGAUGACCGACAACGACUUCAAGACGGCGGUGGAGGAGUACACGAAAGCUAUAGCUCUGAACCCUAAGAACCCAGUGUACUUUUGCAACCGCGCGGCGGCCUAUAACAAAGCCGAACAGCCCUUGAACGCGAUCUUAGACUGCAAGACGGCGAUCAAGCUGGACCCUAAAUACAGCAAAGCGUACGGGAGGAUGGGCAAGGCUUACUCGGAGAUAGGACUGACCAAAGAGGCCCACGAGGCGUACCUAAACGCCUUGAAAUACGACCCGAGCAACGAGAUGUAUCAGGAAAAUCUGAAAUAUCUGGACGUGGGCCAAGGAUCAGACGUCCAGAACGCGGGAUUGUUCAACAAUUCCGCCCUGUUCAAGAUAAUUCUCCAGUUGAUGGAGAACGAUUCCUUCAGGGAAGUCCUGGAGAAGCUGACGACCAACGAGGCCGAUUCACCGUACAUCAAUAACCUCCUACAGAUGGGACAGGUGCUGGUGAACAGACUUCAAGGCGCCGAAACUCUGCAACAGUUGCAACGAAACUGAACGGCAUCAACUAGAUCAUUCCGAAUUUUAGUUUGUCAAUCUUUGUAACCAUUAGAAUCAAUAAAAAUGCUUUCCCAGA